AUGGAGCGAGUGGCGCUGCGCCUGGCGAACGGCAGCGGGGACGGGCUGCGCCUGGCCGGCGGCUCUCUGCCCAUCGAGUCGCGGGGAGUGAGGCUGGCGCUGCCGGUCACGGUGGCGGCGGUGUGCGCGCUCGGGCUGGCCGGCCACGGGCUGCUGCUGGCCGUGCUGCUGGCUCACGCCCGCAGGGGCCGCUCGUCGCCGGCGCACGGGCUGCUGGCGAGCCUGGGCGCCGCCGACCUGCUGCUGCUGCUGCUGUGCGCCCCGCUGCGGGCCGCCGCCUGGUCGCGCCCCUCCUGGCAGCUCGGCCGCCUGGCGUGCCGCGCCUCGGACUGGCUCCUGCACGGCUGCCUGGCGGCCAGGGGGCUGAGCGGGGCGGCGCUGGCCUGGGCCGGCCUGGCUCAUGUCAGCCGGAGCCCGCGGGCGUCCCCGGGGCGGCGCUGGAGGCUGCCCGCUCUGCUGCUCGGCCUCUGGGCGCUCGCCUUCAGCCUGCCCGCGCCGCGCUGGCUCUUCUCCGGGCUCCUCCUGCAGGCGCCCGGCCGGCGGCUCUGCGUCGCCCGCCCGCCCCCUGGCGGCUCCUUCGCCGCCCUCUACGCCCAGCUCUACCCGCUGCUGGCGUACGGCGCGCCGGUGCUGUGCAGCCUGGGCUUCCACUGCCGCGCUCUGCGCAGGUGGCGCCCGCGGCACAGCGGCACCCCGGCGGCGGGCGCCGCGCACCCCAAGCUGCGGAACCAGCGGCGCGGCCGGCGCCUGGUGGCCCUCUCCGGCUCCCUGAGCCUGGCGUUCGCCGCCCUCUGCGCCCCGGAGUGGGCCGCCUGGCUCUGGCCGAGGCUGCGCCCGGCCGCUCCGCCCGUCGCGCUCGCCCUGCCCGCCCAGCUGCUGCUGCUCGCCCUGGCCGCCCUCGACCCGCUGCUGUUCGCCGCCCUCUCCGGCGAGUUCCGGGAGGAGUUCCCCGCCCUCUGGAAGAGGCUGGCCUCCUGCCGCGGCUGCCGCCGGUCGAGCCCCGGGCCCCGGGAGUGCAGGGGGUCCGGGGACCCGAGAGAAGUCCCCGACCCCCAGCCCCAGCCCCAGCCCCGGCAAGAGAAGUCCGUCCAAGUGCCGGAGCCUGACCAGGAGAGCCCGGCCAGCAAGCCGACCAACCUGGUCCUCACCGACAUGGAGCAGUUCUGGCACGACCGGCAGAACACCCCCGCCGCUGCACAGGAAGAUCCCAUUCCCUGGGAGCACCAAAGCGAGCCGCCUUGCCCCGAGAUGUGAUUGGAGCCGGGGUGCGGGGAAGGGACAGAGACCAGAGACAGAGAGGACUUUCGUUUCAUCUUGAUGUGAUUUUCCCGAAGCUGGGUUUGACGGCCUUUGGCCCGGACUCCCGGGACUGGAACUGAUCAGUUUUGGUGCGGCGGCACACCCCCCUUUGUUCCAGUGUCGACCCAACAAGAAAUGCUGGAAUUAUCGCCAUCCCCGAGCAAUCUGAAACGUCUCCGAAUCAAUUGGCUGCAGACCAUCAGGGGAUCCGGGUGGACGGCGGGAGUCUAGAUGGGCUGAAUGUCCUUUGGCUGAUUCGAGAGCAACUCAUUAGGGAGCUGUGGAAGCGCGGAGCCCUGAUUUACCACCCUGUGUAAAUAAAUACUUGUUGGAAUGAAUUGGAUUUUGUUGUGAAAGUUAAAUCCAGCUGGACAGGCGUGUUGUCCUUCGGUGUUUUAUUUUCUGUAGAAUUUGUGCAAAACGGCUUUUUGCAACAACGGGUGAAAGUUAUCGUGGGGACCGCGGUGGGUCCUCGCCUGCAUCACGGAAUUAUUUCCGAACGCACUCUCCCCUUUUAGCGAUCCGUCUGUAUUUUUUAACCUGCCCCAGUGUGUGGAUACGGGUUUCUAUGUCAGUGUCUGGAAUUUCUCAACCGGUCUGAAACGUCCUUUGUAUUUUGGUAAUUUUAAAUGGAUGUGCUGAAGAUGCAACUGUCCAGUAAAGGUCAUUGUAUGAAUUGAGUUCCACUUUUUGUAUAAGAAUAGUUUCUGUCCGGAUUAUAACAGCAUUGACGAUGAGUUAUUGAAUUUUAAUGUUGCCGAAUAAGAAGCGAUGUUUAAUUGUAAUUGUUUUUGCUCAGUGUCCGCGGUCCUGAAGUGUAAAUAUACAUUAUUUGUUACUUGUUACAUAAUAAAUAGGUUUACAAAACGUU